CUACUACUUGCCUGGUAGCUCAGGUCACGUGCUCCACCUGAUCCCGGCAGCAGAGAGAGACAGAGGAAGCAACCAAGACCCAACGACGACACAAGGGACACGCUCACCACAGGGACCCAGCCAGUGACACAGCGUACAGAGCACAGCUAGACAACAUGUCCACCAUGCAGAACGAUCACCAGGCACCACCCUCCACCGAGGACACAAAAUCAAACAACAAUCCAGAACCGGCACCCGCCGCACCAUCACCACAGUCGCAGAACAACGCGUCCGAGACCAAGCCUGACGACGCCGUGCAGCAGGAGAGUCAGCCUGAGCGUCAACAAGAACACGAUGCACCAGCUGAUUCAGCAGUGGCAGACAAUUCUGAAGACAUACCCGCCAAUGCGUCGGCGACAAAACCGGCCAAGUCCGCGAAUGGCAAGACUCCGCGUGGAACAGGCUCAAAGAAAGCGUCUGCUGCAAAGGAGGAAACGGACGAGCAGCAGGGUGUCUAUAAUGAAGGCGAUUUCGUGUUGGCUAAAGUUGCUGGGUAUCCCUGGUGGCCCGGUAUGGUCGUGACGCAGGAUCACCUGCCGCCUGCUGCACAAGCUGCGAAACCAGCCUCCAAGGGACGUAAAGAUGGUACCACAGCACCCGUGUAUCCCGUCCAAUUCUUUGGUCAGGCAGAGUACUCUUGGGUCAAACCGGCAGAUCUCAAGGCGCUCUCAAAGGAAGAUGCAACGAGCUUCUUGACUUCUGCAAAGAAGGCCACGAGCAAGGCCAUUCGAUCCGCAUACCAGGCUGUGCUCGAUAAUCCAACAUUGGAGUCCCUCUUGGAGGUCAAGCAUUCCAUCGUCAGUGCGUUGGCGCACGAUGACGAGGACGAGGAUGAAGAGAUGCAGGAUGACGACGACGAUGCAGUGGUCGAUGAGGACGACGACGAUGCACCCAAAAAGUCAAAGACCCCCAAAAAGACCACCACACCCCGUACCAAGACUCCCAAAUCAGCUGCCACCAAGCGUCGCAAGAGUGAAGCUGGCGAUGAUGCCAAAAAGAGCAAACCCGUUGCUAAAAAGGCAAAAGUCACAAAGACGGCUGAACGUGAGGCAUCGCCUGCAUUAUCACCUGAAGAGCAAGAAAAAGCCCAGUGGCAAGCGCGUAAGCAGCAAAUCAUGUUCUUACGACACAAGCUGCAAAAGAUUUUGUUGGGCAAGGAACCGCCUGCCGAGUCAGAGGUGGAUCCCGUUCCUGGCUACCUCAAUGAUUUGAGCCAGUGUGAGUUGGAUGUGGAAAUCUUCCGGGAGACCAAGAUUGGUAAAGUGCUUUCGCGCAUCUGCAAGCUGGAGAAUAUUCCAAAGGAUGACACCCUCGGCAUCAAGUCCAAGUCGAGGGAGAUUCUGGAAAAGUGGAAGGGCAAGGAUCUCAUGUCGGAGGAGAAGAAGGACGUUGCACCAGCGCCAGCAACGGAAGACAAACCUGCUCAAGACACGGCAGAAGCCAAGGACAACACUGCGCAAGACACUGAAGAGGCCAAGGCAGAACCAGCCAAAGAGGCUGCAAAGACUACUGAGCCUGCUGCGAGUGAACACAAGGAAGUAUCAGCUGACUCCAAAGAGGUCGAGCCAGCAGCCAGCAAGGAGAUUGAAAUGACAGAGUCAAAGGGAGAGGACAACCCAGCUGAGCAGACCAGUGUUACAGCUGCAAGUGAAGCAAAGUAAGUUUGCAACAUUAUUGCACCCAGAUACAGCAGUGAUCGAUUAUUGUA